AAGCACAAACAAAUAUCACAGUUAAUCAGUUUGGCCAUACCUGUCUGAUGAGUGUCCUCAGGAUAGCCAAUGUAGACCAAUGUAGACCAACAAGGAAAUGAAGUUGAGUGAUUAGAAGAACAAAAGAAGAGGGAGUACUGUGUGGGGGUGUCAUAAGGAAGGGGUGUAAGCAAUGAAGGAUAGCAUGAGGGAUAUUUAAAGAGCAAAAACAUGGGCUUUGCUCAUAACAACACUUAAGAAAUGUCUGUGAAGAAAUGGGUAUGUUUAUUGACGGUGGCAAGUCUCCUAAUUCAAGAAUCAUAUUGUCAACUUGAUGUGUGUGGGACCACUUCAUUCAACAACAAAAUAGUGGGGGGUGAGGAUGCCCCUGCAGGAAGCUGGCCCUGGCAGGCUAGCGUACAACAAUUUGGUGGCCAUUUUUGUGGCGGGUCCCUCAUCAACAAGGAGUGGGUGAUGUCUGCAGCCCACUGCUUUACCGGCUCAAGCCCAAAUGAUUGGAACAUCAUCUUAGGUCGACAGAACCAGGAGGGCAGUAACCCCAACGAAGUGUCCAGAACUGUUGCUCAGAUCGUCUUACAUCCAGUUUACGACAAUGACACCAGUGACAACGACAUUGCUCUGCUCAGACUCACCUCACCAGUCAACUUCACAAACUAUAUCAGACCCAUCUGUCUGGCAGCAAGUGACAGUUUUUACCACGAUGGCACUGAUAGCUGGGUCACUGGCUGGGGCAACAUCAACGAAGGAAAAUCCCUCCCCUCCCCUCAGGCUCUGCAGGAAGUGGAGGUUCCAGUUCUGGGUAAUAGACAGUGUAACUGCCUCAAUGGGGUCGGCUCAGUCACAGACAACAUGCUUUGUGCUGGUGUACUGACAGGGGGCAAGGACUCAUGUCAGGGUGACUCUGGAGGUCCAAUGGUGACUAAACAGAACUCUGUCUGGAUCCAGUCUGGGGUUGUUAGUUGGGGUUUUGGCUGCGCUCGGCCCAAUCUCCCUGGGGUGUACACCAGAGUGUCUCGCUACCAGCCCUGGAUCAACUCCAAGAUCACUACUGACAAGCCAGGCUUUGUCCAGUUUACCUCCAGUGGGGUAGAUACUGACAGCAGUUACACAUGUCCUGGCCUACCACCUCCUGCUACAACUGUCCUGCCAUCUACUGGUCCUGCUACAAAUGUACCAACUAAACAACAACCAAAAACAACAACAACUAAAGCACCAGAUAUCGCUGUCAUUUUAAUUGGAGAAGGGCGAUUAUGUGGCCGUGCUCCUAUGAGUCCCUGUCUAGGGGGCAAAAGUUGUUAUGUUGCGGAGGGAACCUGGCCCUGGAUGGUCAGUCUACACAGGAAUGGGAUUCAUAUUUGCAGUGGCACUCUUAUUACGGAGGAAUUUGUCCUUAGUGCUGCCCAAUGCUUCCCUGGUUCACAUCUAAAUCCCGACGAGUGGACUGUGUUUCUGGGAGAGCAACAGCAGAAAGGAUCUGAUGUCUUUGAGGCUUCAUUGGGCAUUGUGAACAUCACCCUGACCAACCUAACUGGGACCAACAUUGCGCUGCUGCAGCUGGAGAACUUCGUAAACUUCAGCAGCUGCCUUCAGCCUAUAUGUGUAGACCUGAGCAACGAUGGAAGUUUCCCACCUGGGACUCAGUGUUGGGUGACAGGCUGGGGAAACCAGGACAAAGGCAGGGUGAAUGGCACCACUGGGACGGGUCUACGAGAGCAGCAGGCUAAUGUGAUGAGCUGUGGCAACAUCUCCUCCACUGAGAACAUCUGCACUGCAGCGAUGAACCUAGAACAGGGAGAUGUAGGUGGUCCCCUGAUGUGUAAGUCUGGGCUGGCAUGGUUCCAGGCUGGAGUGAUAACAAUGAAUAAGGAUGAAAAUGAUACCAAUUUGCAAGCGACCGAGAUGCAUGUUUUUUCCAAAACCUCCAGAUUCGCGUCCUUUUUUAAUAAGAUGAUCAGUGACUUCCCCACCCCGGAAAGAACCACUGUCCCUAACAACGCAGGAAAUGCAGCCCCCAGGUCCCUCUCUCUUUCACUCUUAUUUUCUUUUUUUCUCCCCAUUCUCACCAUGGUCUUGCUGUCAGGCUGGUAGUUCCUCAAUCUCUCUUUUUGGCAGUGUCUAUAAAAUAUAUCACUUUAUGCACCAGAACCAGGGUAAUGAAAUUUGAGGAUUACAUUUGUGGUACCAAAGAAAGAAACUGUAGCAAUUCGACAAAUGCGUGAAUGUCAGGAAUAAUCAUACAAUGAAACCAAAAAAGAUAACACUUUAUGUAAAACAUUGUUAUAACUAAAUGGUGGAAUCUUUUAUGUAAAAUAAUGUUUUUCAAGAAAAUAACUGUUUAAUUCGUACUGAUUUAUAAACUACCUAUAACCUCUUUAUAAAGUACUGUAUACUUCAAUGUAAAGUUCCAGUGAAUGAUGACAUGUUAAAUAUAUCAGUUUUACGGCUGUAAUGUACACAAACAAAAUAGGUUGGCAUAUAUUCUGUUUUUUAAGUAAUGUUGUCUGUUAAGUAUAAUAAUUGUAUACUGUAAAAAAAAAAUUAUGCAUAAAUAUGGAAGUGUUUUGCUUUUUUGGCAGUUUGUUUAUUUUAUUGAAAUAUCUACAUGUAUAUUCAUGUUUGGUAUGUUUCAAUAAACUAAACUAACUCAUGACAUUUACUCUAAGCUAUUUUAAGCUUCAUUGUAAAUGUAUCUCUUAUCCUUGUGCUACUUGGAAACCAAUGAUCAUGGUUACUAUUCCCUCCAAAAAAAGAAUGAAUCCAAUCUUCCAGCUGGCAAGCUUUAUGAAGUUAUCUAGUUUCUGUGUCUAUUAAUUGUAAAGAACAAUAAAACAAACAAUUACUUUGUA